GGCUGUUAGAAGGGCUUAGCAUUUUGGCUAUAUAGGAACAGAAGCAGCAGCACAAGCACACAGCGAGGCUAAGAGUACACAGCUGUGACGGAGCAGGAGCAGCAUGGAGGAGCUGCAGGAUGCCAGCAUUCAUCAUAUGACGGCCAAAGUGAUAGCCGCCAUCAAGAAUACCAAGUGUUAUGAACCCAUUUACGAGGAGCUGCAGCGUCUGGUGGCCAGUCCCAGUGUCGAUAAGAACGAUAUGCGCAAUACCCUGGAGGAUGCCAUCAAGGCGGCGGGACUGGAGACGGAAAUACGCAAUAUGAUUUACAAUCUGGUGCGCAGUCGCCUGGAGAAACUUGACGUAGGUGAUGUCAAACAAACUUCGAAAGCGACACAGAGCGAUCCUUUGGGCUAUCUAAAGAGAUCUGGCGUUCUCUGGGAUCGACGCGUUCGCAAGAGCCUCAAUGCCAUGUGCGGGGAGUUGAAAGUUCCGUUGCACGGACAACCGCGCAUCAGCGCCGAUCGAGAGGACUUUGUGGCCAAGUGGAAUGAGCUGAGCAACUACAAUAUGGAUCUUGCCAACUAUCGCCCCGUAUAUGCUCCUAAGGAUCUGCUGGAGGUGUUACUUUCAUUAAAAGGUCCCGCUAGGAGCACAGAAAGUACUGAUCAAAUACCGCAGUGGGAGUUCUCACAUAUAGCACUACCAGUUAAAAAUCUGUUUGAAUUGCGAACACAUUAUGCGGAUCUGUUACGUAACGAUCACUACAGUGUGCCGGACUUGAAUGUGCAAUGUCAGCGCAUUCUGGAUAGCAGACACGCCCCAAUGUGUCAGCAGUACUUGAAAAAGGGCUGUACGCCGGCUCCAUACCGCGGGGCACUUUGGGCCUCUGUGCUAGACAGCAAGCUGCAUGACUAUGACAUUGAGUAUUGGCAGAAGCUGCGCAACGUCGUGUGGACAACCGAUCACAUUGUGGACAAGCUUGUCUUUAAGGAUAUACAGCUAACGGCAUCGAACGAUGAUCAAUACUUUGUGUUCGAGGAUGUGCUCUAUCAGGUGCUAUUGUGCUUCUCCCGCGACACGGACAUUGCCAACUGCGUGGAGUACGAAUCAUUUCCCGUCAAGGGCAAGACCUAUGAGGGUCCUCCCUCCGGCGUGGUGCCUUUUCACGGCAUCUGCAUGUUUGCUGCCCCCUUUUGCUAUCUGUACGACUCGCCCGUCUCUCUAUACUAUACGUUCCGGGCCUUUUACAUACGCUAUUGCCACCGAUUGACCACGAUUAAUACGCAUCCGCAGGGCAUCGUUAGCCUGUGUUUACUGUUUGAGAAGCUGCUUCAAACCUACGAGCCGCAGCUGUGGUCGCAUUUCCGUGAAUUGCAGAUCCAACCCUUACGAGUGGUAUUCAAAUGGUUAAUGCGCGGUUUCUCUGGUCACUUGCCGCCUGAUCAGUUGCUCGUGCUUUGGGACUUGAUACUUGGCUUCGAUAGCCUAGAGAUUCUGCCACUAUUUGCUAUUAUUAUAUUAAGUUUUCGCAAGGAGAGCAUUUUGCAGGUUGCCUCACUCGAUAGCAUUGAGGCCAUUUUGGCGGACUUAUCGUCGAUAAAAGUGCUGCCAUUGGUGCAAUUGGCUUUAAGCCGCGACUAAAUGUAGAUUAAUUGUCCUAUUACAAUUCCAAAUUCAAAGUAUUACUUGUCGCAACAUAAAGCUGUGUUGAAAUCGGUAA